UGCCAGCCCCGGGGAGCGGCGGGGUUUCGGGAGCAGCAGGGCUCUGGCAGCAGCAGGAUACAGCCCUCACACCCUCAUCCCCCCACAGGGCUCUGGACCUUCCUUUGGUUUGUUGGCUUCUGCUUCCUGACCAACCAGUGGGCCUGGACGCACGAUGAGGAUGUACGCAUCGUGGCCGACUCGGCGCGUGCCGCCAUCACCUUCAGCUUCUUCUCCAUCUUCUCAUGGGGCCUCCUGAUCACCUUCGCCUACAAGCGGUAUAAGAUGGGGGUGGAGGACUUUGCGCACAACUACGUCGACCCCUCGUCAGAGGUCUCCACGCCGUACUCCAGUUACCCCAACAUCAGCCACGACAGCUACCAGCAGCCGCCCUUCACUCAGACCACAGAUGCCACCGAGGGCUACCAGCCACCGCCGGUGUACUGAGUCCGGCCCGCAGGGAUGGCUGUACAAGUGCAAUUUUCUCUCGUGGGGUGGGAAGGGAGGGACCUAUAACUUGAAUGGGGAAGGGGGCAGGAGGGUGAUGGUUGCUCUGUGUGAAGAUCACUGGGGUUGGGUGGGUGCUGGGGCAGAGGGUAGGGCCUGGUGCCCGUGGUGGGGCCGUGUGCUCCUUGCUGUGAAGCAUUGAUGGCUGAGUAGAACCUGCUGUGCACAGCCGGCUCCCCUGGGGUGGGGGGAGGAGGGGUUGGUGCUCUGGAACGACAGAGCCCGAGCCCCACUGCUGUGCCUCUGGGGGAGUAAUGGUGAGCACCCCUUGUUCCCUCCCAGUGCUGCUGCCUUGUCCAACUCUGCUGACUGCAGUCCCCAGGUGCCACCUUUAACUGCUGUAGCAUCUGUCCCAGCACAGCUGCACGGUGCAGUCCAGCUCCUGCCUGCCACUGGGUUUGCGUGCCUUCCUCUCCUGCUUCAGCUGCUGCUGGCUGAGCUUGAUACCAAAGCCUCAUCUUCUGAAUAUGCACCCUUGUGCUGUGCCUUCCCCAGAGCCUGCACGGGAGUAGCUGGCACUCAGUGAUUUGGGAUCUGUGGGAGUGGUGGGUGCUGGGCUCACAGCAGGGCAGCUCCCUUUCCCCCACAGCAUCUCCCUGCCGACUGCAGGCCCUGUGUCUGUUUCCCAAGGGUCUCCCCAUGCCCUGCUCACUGCUGUCCGAGCCGUGCCCUGCUCAGCAGCCACUGUCCCCAGGCUGGGUGCUGUGCUGUGCCUCCGCGUGGGCCGUGGCUUGUCUCAGGUUGUGUGCUGCUGUGCCUGUUGUGAAGCUGUUCCCAGCAGCAGUGUGAGGUAUGUGAGCUGUAGCUGCUGGGGCUGAUAUUCAACUAUGCCUUUGUCACUGUAGAGAUGGAAUAAACUUUUUCACCUAGCCGCCA